UGCCGCCAUGGCGGCCCGGGGGCUGCAGCGGCGCUGCCCGCGGGGGCCGGCGGGGGAUUGCCUCUCAGGGGCAUUGCACACCAAAUGUAAAAGCAGAAGCUCCCUAGUUUACAAAGAGUCAGAAUUUACUGAAACUGGAAGACAGAAGGGCAUUAGAUCUAGUGAUUUCCAGAAAAGUUUGGAAAACUGGGAUUGUUUUGAUGAUGAGCAAGAUUAUUUUUGUGGUUCGAGUGGUCUGGAAGUAGAAGAAAACAGUGUUAUUUGCUCUGAAACUGAUGCAAUUCAGAAUACAGCUAUAUACAUGGGAACAGGCCUCACUUUAUCAUCUCAUUUGACUGCAAAUACUCCGGAAAAUAUGGACCAAAUUAACAACCAUGGUUUGUUAAAGAAAAUUAUGCAUGGAACCGGUGCUCAGGCAUGCAAUAGGCAAGGUUUGAUACCACCUCACAUCAGUCAAAUUUAUGAUGAAUUAUUUGUCAUACAUCAGGAGCUCCAGAGAGAAAGUUCAGCACAGCAGGAGUAUGCUCUGCAGCUGCAGGAACGAGAGCGUUGUCUAACAGAACAAGAAGCAUUGUUUUUUCAACACGAAGCAGCUUUGGCUAAAAUAAGAGGUGUGGAGGAAGAAGUUCACACAAAAAUUGCAGCUAUAAAAGAGCAACAUGAGGCAGAAGUUAAGCAGCUGACAGAAGCCUUGAGAGAAAUUACUAAAGAAAAUAGGAGGCUGAAGUCAUCAUUUGACAGCUUGAGGGAUGUGAAUGACUCUUUAAGAAAGCAGUUAAGUGAUGCAACUGAGUUGAACAAGAAGUUGGAAGGUCAAGCACGAAAAGCAAAAGCUCGUUUAGAAAAUCUGCAAAGGAAGCAUGAAUUUUCAAAGGUACAGAAAUCUAAUGAUUUGUGUCAAGUGAUGAAAGAAGGCAAACCUGUGAAACAGGAAAAAGUGAUGGCACCAUCAAGAACUGCUACGCUACCAUUGAAUUCACAAGUCUAUGAGCUCUUAACUUAUCUUAUGGAUUGGAUCUCUGACCAGCAUCUUAGCAAAAUAAAAACACAAGAAGAGAGAGAGGACAGUCAUAAACCUAGGGUUACCCAGAAUUUAAAGAACUCCUGUACUCAGGAAAAGUGUAUGAAGCUUUUGCCUAUUGCAACUGAGCAACUCCAGUGGAUGCCAUAUGUGAAUCCUAAACUGCACGUGCCUGUGAUUAAAUUUAUUUACUGGUCUAUAAGACAGUUAGACACUGAUAUACAGCAGCACACAACAAUGAGAUCAACCAUGAGGAGACUUGGUGAAGAUAUCUUCAAAGGCAUAGUGAGUAAGGGAAACCCACACAGUUCUUCUGAACAGUCUACAGAAAGUAAAUCAAAGUCAGCAGCUUUCUUUAAGAGUUUCUGUAUGCCUCUGAGGUUUCUGUCAACUUUGAUUGUGCUGAAAACAGUGAAACAAGUGGAUUACCUGGCUCAGGCAUUUGAGUCCCUUCGUGUAGACUUGAAGACAGAUGAAGGGAAGGCCUUAUUUGUGGAAUACCAAUGUGUGCCUGUCAUAUUAAGUCACCUAAAAGUAUCCAGUACAAGUCUGCUUUCCAGGGCUCUUGAUGGAUUACUUCAGAUGACCAUGGAAUCUGGUAAAUGUUCCUUACAGCCUUUCCUGGAAGCCUGCAGUAAUGAACCCUUCUUCCAGACUUGCUCUGUAUUGCUUCGAAGUUCUAAGCUAGAUAUUGCAGUUCUGGAGAAGCUCUGUGUUAUACUGCAAAAACUCUCCAGAAUAAAAAGCAAUAAGAAGCUGUUUGAAAUGUUUGGUCUUCAUCAAAUGUUCCAAGAACUGCGUAGAACUGUAGAUCCAGGUCACACCUUCCUCUGUAUAAACCUCAAUUCAAUUCUGCUGAAUUUGGAAUUCUUGAGGAGUAACUCUCUUGACUCCAGUCUAAGCACAAGUCACUAGCACGAGCUUUCAAUCUAAUUAUUGUUCUAUAUAAAUUAUACCAGCUGCCUAUGUUACUUGAAAUUUGGAGUUGUUUUUUUACUGAUUUGUAUAAAUAUGUUAAGCAGUACCUCAGUACUGUGUAAUUCGCUGUGUAUCAUGUGGAUUCUCACUUAUAUUUCACUCAUUCAUAAAAAGGAAAAUGAAAAACUUUGUAAUAUGCUAGAUGGCUCUCUUCAAUAUUUUCUACAGAAGUGAAAUGAUGCUGCUGUUGUGAAUGACUCAUGCAAUGUCAGCAAUUGAAUACUUAGAGUAAGCAGAUCAGAAAUACCAGUCUUUCCUUACAGCAAUUUGACUUAACAUUUCUAACAAGCUAUUCUAUGAAAGGAGUCUACACCAGAUUUGGCACCAUGUAUGUCUAGAAGAGACAUGUGAGCACUGUGCACUCUCUUGGCAGGAAACCAACUCUAGGCCUGUCUACUGUAGAAUUGUAAUCACCCUUGCUGUUUAUAAAAGGUUUCCUAUUGAUAAAUUUUUCAGACCUCAUCUACAAAGCCUAGAUUUAGCAGAUCUGUACUUUUUUUUUGAGUCAUCCUGAGUUGAAAUGUAACAAGAUAUAACAAGACAUUCUGAUCUCUAAAGUCACACUGAGAGAAUUAACUGAGGAAAAGAGAUCUGAGAAGCCAUAUAUAUUUUUUCCCAGAAACCAGUUCUCUUUGUGCUCAUUACUCAAGCAUAUUUAGACUGACCCAAGGAAUAUUUCCCUGAAUAUAACAUGUCUCUCUGAUCACUGCAGCUUAAUGAAGCUUGCAGUUCUUCUGGUGGUCCCACCUGUGCAGCCUAAGACUGAACACAAUUAUCCUGUCAUGAAGUGAAAGCUUCCAGUUAAGAUUUCUGGUAAUGUUGUGAAGUACUGCUAAUUUAGAAAUGCAGAAUGAAGACUUGCUGAUGAGAGUACUGUUACUGUGACUUUACUGACCAGUCUCAGAGUCUGCAGAGUUUUCAGUACACAAUUAAAAACUUACAGAUUCUCUGAGGAAUGGCAAGGGGCUUGGCAUUUUCACAUUACUUUCAAGGUGAAAUACUGAAUACAAAUUCUCUUAACAAAAUGGUUUCUGCUUCAAGUUUCCUAAGUGAUGCAGAGAAGCAGUAUCCUACAGGAGUGCAAAGAUUGCUCCAUAUAUGUUACCAAGACACUCCCAUAGCACAGGAAUGCCCUUGGCUAACCUAUUUAAUUACAGAUUUAUAAGACAAUAUGCUAUUUAAUCAAAGAAACGGCUAAUACAACUGUGUUUGACCUCUUUCUUUUAUUAGUAUAUUUUAUGUUCAUAUUUUACAAUAUAAUAAGUUAUAUAUACAGCAUUAAACAAAGUUAUUAGAAAGUAAGCUUUGGCAAGACCUACAGGAUUCUUUUUUUUUCAAUCCCAUACAUCUCUUGUAUAACAAUAAAAAUACUGUAUACUAAAUAAAAUAAUGUUAAAUAGUCUGUGUUCGCAUUGGCACCAUCAGUUUCAAAACCCUAACUUUUCAUGGCCCAAUAAACAUAAAAAGAAGAAGAUUCCUGUAUCUUCUUUGUCUUCUUUUUUAACAAAUAUGUGAUGUGUUGUUUUAAAUGGCAUAUAAAACACAGGAGGCAGUCCACUGAAUAACACUGUAGUUACACACUGGCACAAGAAAAAUUGAAUCUUGAUGGUUUUUGUUUUCUUUCUUUCUUUCCCUUUUGGUUUUUGGGGUUUUUUUAAUUUAUUUUUUAUUCUAGUAGUAGUAGUAAAACCUGCAAAUUCAUGGUCUUGAAAAUCAUGUUGAAAAUUGCUGAGCUCUAAGCAGAUCUAGAAAUCUUAUUGAAGCCUUUUGAAAUCUGUAUGAAUUUGUCAUUGAUUUCAAGACAGGAAUUCCACACCUAAAUUCAGCAUCAAUCAGCUAGUUAAAUUUCAAAUAAAUGCAGCUUCCUGCAUCAUUGAAAGAAGGUUAAGAUCUUAUGAAAUUUGGCAUAUGCAGAUUAAUGAAAAGUGUGUUACGAAGUGAAAGAAAGGGUGGAAAAAGAAUGAGAGGGGGGAUAUGUUGCAGUAUUUAGUUCCCCUGAUAUACAAAUCAAGUGCUGAAACAAUACUAAAUACGGAUGUUAAAGGGUGAUGAUAAAUGUUUUCCACAAUUAUGAUACUAUCAUAGAUAAUAUCUAGUUACUAAGUGAUGGAAUACUGGUUGUUAAAUU